AUGGCUACCAGUGACCUCGCAUACUCUGUUGACCAAGAAAUUGCAAAUUUCUUCGCGAAGACGACAGUCACUCGCUCAGCCUGUGAUAACUUUGCGAGGAAGCAUGUUGGUGGAAACAUCGUUCCGGUGGCUGUGCAGGUCGUGUGCAGCUAUACCGUCUAUGCGGGGAACAAUACCGAAUUCGUCGUGCAAUUGCGCCUUGCGUCCCUCCAACUAAGUAUGGAGACUGCGAAACUUACUCGCAGCAUCUACAGCUACUUUGCACCUGAAGUGACUUUUAUGGGACAGAUUGGAGUAGCUAUAAAGAGCAAAGAAGCCCUUUCCAUCUACGUCAUGAGUCGACUCCGAGGCAUUAGUUACUUGGAUUUUAUCCUUACACAUAAUAGCCAAGUGCCCGAAAGCUUGCCCGAGUUUUCUUCAUAG